AUGGACGUCGCCGUGAUCAAUCCGAAACCGUUCCUCAGCAGUAUUACAGGGAAGCAAGUAAUUGUGAAGCUCAAAUGGGGCAUGGAAUACAAAGGCUACCUUGUUUCUGUUGAUCGGUACAUGAAUUUGCAGUUACACAGUACCGAGGAGUAUAUAGACAACUGCCACAUGGGUUGUUUGGGCGAAGUCCUCAUCCGGUGCAAUAAUGUUCUGUACAUUCGCGAGUGUGAGGAUGACUUUUCAGACAUGUCAUAA